AAGUGGGACAGCUUUAGAGCUUGAACUCAACAACAAGCCCUCCGGCUGGCCCGUCACAGCCAGUUGUUCUUUUCUUUUCCUCUCCCUCUUUUUUUGGGAGUCCUGUUCUGUUUUUUCUCGCCCUGUGCCUGCAGUCCCAGUGUGGGUGGGUGUGUCGACGCGGGCCACUGUAGCCCAGUCGCUGCUUGUGCGCACUCUGAAAAAGAGGAAAAAGUUGGUGAUGAGUUUAGUGUGAAGCGGCCGCCUCGGAGCAGGCAACCGACUCGGAAUGGCAGUCUGGACCCGAGCGGACAAAAACGGUCAACUGGACCUUCUGCUCCGCGACCGCUGGAUCCGAGUGACCGCCGAACUCACCCGAGAAACGUUGACUUUAACGGCCGAAGCGGAGCUACCCGGGCAGGGGGGCAAUCACUGGGACUACAGCAACUCUUCGGCGGGCCUGCGAAAUGGCAUGUCGAACGGAAACGACCCGGGAACGAGUCCGGGGAACCUUGGACGUGGUCACACCCCGGGUCAGGACCAACUCCAGAACCAGAACCAUGGGGGUAAGGGGCGCAGCGGCAGCCCGGGGCGCGGGGUUGUUAGUCGGGGUCAACACGACGGCAACUACGGUCUUAACAGCCCCGGGAAGUACCCGAAUAACGGCACAAACUCUGACUUCGGAAGCCCCGGAUCUAGCUACGGCAGUCCCGGGUCCAGCUUCGGGUCGAGACAAGGCGACAUUCCCGUCAGUUUGGACGGGCCCUCGGAAGCUGUGCGUAAAGUUCGAGUUGUCAAACAGGAGUCUGGCGGGCUGGGGAUCAGUAUCAAGGGGGGGCGCGAAAACCGGAUGCCCAUCCUCAUUUCCAAGAUCUUCCCGGGGCUCGCCGCCGACCAGAGCCGGGCUCUCCGGGUAGGCGACGCGAUCAUGUCGGUGAAUGGGAACGACCUCCGGGAGGCAACGCACGACCUGGCGGUCCAGGCGCUGAAGAAGGCGGGGAAAGAAGUCACGCUGGAGGUGAAAUACAUCCGUGAGGUUUCUCCGCUCUUCAAGAAGCCAUGCCUGGUGGCCGACCUACCGUGGGACGGCGUCCGCCCCCAGUCGCCCAGCUACAGCGGCAGCGAGGACUCCGGCUCGCCCAAACACAGCGGUUCUUCCUCCUCCAAAGACAGAAAGGUCAUAAGCCUGAAGAUGUGCUUCAUCAGCAGGAACCUCACCAUGCCAGAUCUGGAGAACAGACUGCUGGAGCUCCAUUCCCCAGACGGCCAGCACACCGUGGUGCUGCGUUGUAAAGACGGCCCCACCGCCAACUCCUGGUUCACUGCCGUCCACACCAACAUUGCCGCUCUGUUGCCACACACCCUGGCUCACGUAAACGCUUACCUGGGGGCCUCGUCUCCUGCCUCCACACACCCCCAUCUCAAACACAUUGGCUGGUUGGCUGAACAGGUCCAGCUGGAAGGUGGACGGCAGCAGUACAAGCCCGUGGUCAUGGCGCUGACGGAGAAGGACAUCCUGCUGUUUGAAUCAGUGCCGUGGAGCAGAGAGUCCUGGUCCAUGCCUCUGCUCACACAUCCACUGCUAGCCACAAGACUCGUUCAUUCCGGCAGCACCCGGGGUUCUCCAGCCCAGGGUUCAGACCUGGAGUUUGCCACUCGGACGGGCACAGGGCGGGGAAUUGAAUCCCACAUCUUCCGAGUGGAGACCCACUGGGAUCUGUCUUCAUGGACACGAGCCCUCGUGCAGGGGGCACACACUGCCGCUGAGCUCAUCAAAGAAGUCUCUAUUGGCUGCACGUUGAACAGACAGGAUGUUCGGCUGACGCUGCACUACGAGAAGGGCUUCACUGUGACGAGGGAGCCGGCAGAUCCAGCCGGGGGCGCCGUGCUGUACAGAUACCCCUACGAGAAGCUCAAAAUGUCAGCCGAUGAUGGAAUACGCAACCUCUACCUUGACUUUGGAGGUCCGGAGGGAGAAAUGGUAUUUGACCUCCACUCGGGUCCGAAGCCGGUGGUGUUUGUCCUCCACUCCUUCCUGUCGGCCAAGCUCACCCGUCUGGGCCUGCUGACGUGAAGCGACCAACAGCAGCGGCGUGGACCAGAGGCCGGGCCCGGGCACAGCGAGGAGGGGGAAAGGCGCUCCCAAAGUUCUGAUACUGGGAGUUGAUUUUUUUCUUUUCUUUUUUCUCUCCAAUGUCUCCAUUCACAGCUGAAGCUGCAGGGAAGAUUUAACACGCGAGUCAUAUUUCUGGUUGUCUGAAAUUGGUGCCUUCUCUUCCAACUUUCUACUCAGCCUCUCGCAGUCAUUUGGAUUGCAAGGUCAGGUAAAAAGGAAGUGGCACUUUGCCUGAAGUCACACUGUGUAAGAGACAAAAAGCUUUUAACAAUCCCAGAAGAGCUCCGAUGCUGUGAUGUGAGAUUCCAUUACCAGUGCACUUCAAGCCAAGUGUUACUAAAAUAUAUUAAGGAAAGGACGGAUUUUUAGACAAUUAAUACACAGCCAAGCACAGAUUGGUUAAUGUUACCUGAUUUUACUCUAUGCCUAUCAUUCCAUGAACGCCUUCCAAUGUACUUUGGGGUCUUUUUAAUGUAUAUUAGUUUGUCUUUGUGAAGACGUGAGUGAAAGACGCCAUUUUAAAAAUCAGAAUGCAGUUAGCUGAGCGGAGAGGGUGUAAAGGAAGAAAGGUGUGUGUGUGUGUGUGUGUGUGUGUGUGUGUGUUCAGUCUCUCUAUACUACACGUUUCUGUUGGCUUGGUAGUGUGCCUGCUGUCUGAUAUUAACCUUUUUUAGCACAUUAUCCCAAACUACUGUUGUAAUCAGGAGUGCCAACUGUGCCUUUUCCAUGUAGUCAGACACUCUUUGUAACGUUCCCUUUUUUAUUUUUAUUUCAUACAACAAGAGAAUUUGAAGCUUUCGACAUGUGCAAGCAAUAGUAUUCCUCUUCACGUUACUUACUUACUUACUUUGUUUUGUUUAAGUGUGUAACUUCCUGACAUUGAACUCUGUAUCCGAGGAUGUGACAUGACCACGUGUUACCUCCCCUCCUUGACCUACACUACCACGUCGUCUCCGUCUCUCUGUAUCAUCUCAUUCCUCUCAGCUUGAGAUUACCGGUUUCCUGUUACUGUUCCUCCAGCAGCAUUUCUCUAGCUGAGGAUUGUUUCAGGUGGGCCGCCACAUGACAGACGUACCAUUGUAUUUUAAUAAUCUGAACUGUAACGGUCGGAAACGUCUCACCUCCUAUGAACCGCUGCGGUAGAGAGGUUACUUCUUGCAGGGCUAAAGAAGUGCGUAGUUGACUAACACUCGCAUGAUUUUGUUGACUAAUGGAUUAGUUGAUUUUAUUGAGUGUGCUUUGGGUGGACGUUAAGACUAG